GAAACUUGAAAGUUGAAAAUGGCGAUGAUUAAAAAUUUCCGGAUAUUUCACAAAUUGGAACCCCCGUAUAGCGUUAUAAUUGACAACAAAAACUAUGAAGAAUCGUUACUCUUUGAGUCCAAUGCACUUGCUGUUCUACACUCAAGUGAAGCUGAGCUAGUCAAAAAACAGUAUACCAAAAUAUUGGAUACAUAUGGAUGUCUCGGAGUUCUGAAUUUUGCUGUCGGGGAAGACAAUGUGUUUUUCCUAGUGCUAGUCACUGGUUGUUUGUCUGUGGGUAAAAUAUGCGAUUCAGAAAUCUUCCGAAUCACGUCGACUCACUUCCUGUCCUUGAGGAAUGGUCAGGGAGACGAGGAGAGGAUCUCAGAGGUCAAGAAGCUCCUAAACUCAGGGACAUUCUACUUUGCCUGGUCAGCGGCUGGGACUACGUGGGACCUGACUCUGUGUGCUCAGAGAAAGAUCCAGGAGCACGAUACAGACAAUCGAUUCUUUUGGAACCGCAUGCUGCAUGUUCACUUUCAGAGAUUUGGAAUAGACUGUGAUCGAUGGCUGUUCAAGAUGAUUUGUGGAGGGGUGGAGAUCAGGACCAUAUACGCCUCUCACAGACAGGCCAAGGCCUGCCUGAUAUCACGGCUCAGCUGCGAGAGGGCAGGCACCAGGUUCAACGUCAGAGGGACAAACGAUGACGGCCAUGUGGCCAAUUUUGUAGAGACAGAACAGGUCGUUUUCCUUGAUGAGAAGAUAUCCUCCUUUAUUCAGACUAGAGGCUCUGUGCCCUUGUUUUGGGAGCAGCCUGGAAUCCAGGUUGGCUCUCAUCGGGUGAGAAUGUCACGGGGACACGAAGCCUCGGCCCCAGCCUUUGACAGACACCUGAACAUGAUCAAAGACCUGUACGGAGACCAAGUACUGAUCAACCUACUGGGCAAGAAGGAAGGGGAGCACAUGCUGAGUCAGGCCUAUGUGAAACAUCACCAGGCCUCCACAUUUCACCAGAGAAUUCCACUGAUCAACUUUGAUUAUCAUACAGAGUGUAGAGGUAAUGCUAAAAACCUGGAUCGGCUGAAACAGAAGGUCCUCAAACAGCUGGUGGACUUUGGGUACUUCUACAGUGUGGACAAUCAGGGAGACAGAUUUCAGUCAGGAACAAUGAGGUCAAACUGUUUGGACUGUCUGGAUAGGACAAACGCUGUCCAGUCCAUGCUGGGCCUGGAGAUGCUGCCUCGUCAGUUGGAAAGUUUAGGACUAGCAGAGAAACAACAAAUGGUGUCAAGAUUUCUGGACAUUUACCGCCAAAUAUGGAGUGCUAAUGGGGACCAUGUCAGCAGAAUUUAUGCCGGAACUGGUGCUUUAGGAGGGGGCAGAUCAAAGUACUCAGAUGCUGCACGCUCAGCCACUCGUACCAUACAGAAUAACUUCCUCGACAACAGUAAACAGGAAGCAAUAGAUAUUCUGUUGCUGGGGAAUACAUUGAGAGGAGAGUUAGCAGACAAGGCCCGUGCACUUCUUACCACCAGGAUAUUGCAUGCGCCCCCUGCCAUCCUCCAGUCGAUGGUCAACGACUAUCCCGACUACACAGAGGUCGAGGAUCUGAGGAUCUUUGUGGGUACCUGGAACGUGAACGGGGGCAAACACUUCAGGAGCAUCGCACACAAACACGAGUCUGCAACAGACUGGCUGCUGGAUGCUGCUUCCAUUACCAGAGAGAAAAAUCCAGAGAUGGUUGACAGUUCUGCAAAUUGGGAAAAGCCUAUUGAUAUAUUUGCCAUUGGCUUUGAAGAAAUUGUUGAUUUGAAUGCCAGUAAUAUUAUGAAAGCCAGUACAACAAAUGCUAGAGAAUGGCAAAAGGAAUUACUGAAGACAAUAUCCAGAGACCACAAGUAUGUGGUGCUGACCAGUGUCCAACUGGUGGGGGUCAUCCUCUACGUAUUCAUACGCCCGCACCUGGCACCCUUCAUAAGGGAUGUUGCAACAGAUUCAGCUAAAACAGGACUUGGAGGAGCGACAGGUAACAAAGGGGGCGUGGCCAUUCGCUUCCUGUACCAGAGCAGCUCGCUGUGCUUUGUCUGCGCCCAUUUGUCUGCUGGUCAGUCACAGGUCAACGAUCGCAACAGUGACUACCAUGAAAUCUCCCGCAAAAUCUGCUUCCCAAUGGAGCAGUGUAUGGGAAGGACAAUAGGGUCCCAUGACUAUGUGUUCUGGUGCGGUGAUUUUAACUACCGGAUAGACCUGCCGCGGGAGGAAACCCUCAGUCUGAUUGAGGCCAAGAACUGGGGCGCGCUCCAGGCCUGUGACCAACUCAAGGUCCAGAAAGAGGCUGGAAAUGUGUUUAAAGGAUUCAAUGAAGGGCCAACCAACUUUGCCCCCACCUACAAGUAUGAUCUAUUUUGUAACGACUACGACUCCAGCGAGAAGUGUCGAUGUCCCGCGUGGACAGACCGCGUGUUGAUGAGGAGGAAACGACUCAUCCACCAUCAGCCACAGUUGUUAGAGAAUGGACCAGUGUGGAACCCUGGGAAAUUGUUGUUGUACAACAGAGUAGAACUGAAGACAUCAGACCACAGACCAGUGCUGGCUCUUUACGACAUUGACACGAUGAAAGUGGAGGACAAGAAGAAGGAGCAGAAGCUACAGGAAGUGGUCGCUUGUCAGGGACCGCCAGAUGGCACUGUCAUCGUGUCGGUGGAGGCGGAGGAAAUGGAGCAAGAUCUAGUGGAGGCCAUCGUCCACUUCUUCUCAGACGUUGGAGAAAUCGUACUUGUCAGAUUUGUGGAGAAUGACUUGUGGCUGAUUUUUAAGAAUGGACAGUUUGCAUUAAAAGCUUUGAACUAUGAUGGCUCUGAGAUUAAUGGGACCACAAUAAGAACUCGUCUGAAGACAGAGAACUGGCAGGCCCAGAUACAGGAGGAGCUAAAGAUCUGUGUGGUGAACACCACUCCCCUCUACAACCAGUUCUCCAACAGUCUGCUGGGCGAGGAUUUCAACACGCCUGCCAUGGAGUUUGAAUCAGAGGAAGAUGAUGACACAGAGAUACAGGAUUCUCUGUUGGAUGCCCGCAUGGACCAGAUUCGACCCAGUUCUCCCAAUGGGUCAGGACGAUUCAGUCCGUACUCAGAUGAUGGCUUUUUAGACCAACCCUCUGGUCCCCCUCCUAGGCCCCAGGCAAUAAACAAGCCCCCCAUUCCAGCCUCAGCCCCCAACAGAGAGUCACCUGAUCCAUUCACCAGUCAGGCCAAGACAUCAGGACAAGAGCCUGGAUCUCGACCAAAUCCUCCACAGCGCCCCUCAGGACCCCCAGCCAAACCACCACCUCCACAGCGACCAAAAGCACCCCCUGUCAAGUCGACUGGGACCGCAGAGAAAGCCAACGAUAAUGAUGUCAAAAGACCCCCUCCCAUUGUGAGAAAGCCCAUGAGCUCCCAGAGUAUCAAGAGAAUCAAGACAAAACAAGAGGACGCCAAGAUGCAAGCAAUGAGUAUCGGUCUUCCAACAAAUGUGACCCAUCAGGGACAUGCUACUUCAAUAGAGGAUGCCCAGUCUCUGAUUGAGAAGCUGAUGGUUGGGAGAGGAACAUCAUUACCCCCUCCAUUGUUACCCGAAUCUGACAUUAAAAUGACCAGGAGUCAAAAAGAGGCUCCGGAGACAAAAAAACCUGAAGUAGAUGCACCAAGGCCUGUGCCAAGGAACAAGAAUCCCGGGACAUCCCCCACAGAGGCCCUCCAGCGCCCUAGGGAUAGUCCCCCUGGUGUACAGCCCCGGGCAGAACUACGCCCUGUCCCAGCACCCAGGAGGGAGGUACAGAGUAUGGCCAUCAAUGAAGUGGGGCAACCGAAGCCCUCCAGGGGCCCCCCUCCUGUUCCACCCACUCGACCCCAGAGUUGGAUGCCCACCUCUCAGAAUGUGCCAGAGGAUCAGGCCUAUGCAGUUGUAAAUAAGCAGAUGAAAUCUAAUCCUAAAAGUGCUAGUCAAAAUCUAAUAGAUGCCCCUUUGUCAUCAGAGGCUGGACAGGUAGAGAAAAACGACCCGUUUGAUACUUCAAGUGUACCUAGUCAGUUUCUUAAUCAGGGGCCAAACUCUUCAGUUACACCACCCCAAAGGGUGAAUAGACCUCCACCCCCUGUACCCUCGCGACAAGUGUUCAACAACCCGGAUCUCACUUCCAGUGCUUCCUCACACAGUAACCCAGACCAAUGGGGUAGUAGUCAAAGCCAUUCAGAAAAUGGAUCCAAUUCUCCACCUAGCCCUUCCUUCAGCCCUCCUGAAGUUCCAUCAUUUGAUUCCACACCAGGGCAAUAUUCACAUCAGGGACCUCCCUCUGAAUCUCCACCCAAUGUACCCUCUAGUGUAGGACCCCCUACUGAAUCACCACCCCCUCCUCCAUCCGAAUCCCCACCCCCUCUUCCUUCAGAUGGCCCCCCUCUAGAAGCCCCACCCCCUUUCCCUUCAGAAGGCCCCCCUUUAGAGCCACCACCACCCGUGCCCUCUAAUGGUCCUCCAUCUGAACCCCCACCCCCUCCCCCUGCAGAUGAUGAUGAGGAUCAGUUUGCAGAGUUUAAGGCCAAUUUUAAUAGCUUUCAAAAUUCUACAAAUGAGACCGCUAAAAAUGCUAGUCUACCAGUGACCCAAAGAUUGCCCAACAAUGAAGCAGUUCCUAAUAGACCAAUGCCCCCUGUACCCUCUCGGGGGCCCGCCACUGGCAUGCCCCCUGUUCCAAGACGACCAGCAAACUUACCCCCUGUACCCCCAAGGUCUUAGAGCAAAUUUUAGUAAGAAUAUAUGUGUAUAAUGAAAAUACAGGGAGAUCCACUCAAGCUCCUGAACGAUGUUCAAUGUUUAUAUCUGCUUAAUACUACCUGUCUACAUACAUUUAUGUACAAGGUAUGUACUGGUGCAUGUUUGUGUAUUUCUAGGGCAGUUUAUGCUCACCUAGACUAGAUCAUGCACUGUUUAUCAGUCUUUAUUUCCACAGUCAGGUUUUUUUCUCAAUAUGAAAACGUUUUUUAAGUUUGUAGAUUUUAAUGUGUUAUGUGGUAGAACCACAAUGUAGACUGUGAUAUCCUAGAACUGGUCAUUGAAUCAUAUCAAAUGAUUAUACAUGGAGCAUUUGUUAUCUAUCAGACUUUUUUUUCUGCAGAUGCUUGUUUAUUAGAAGUUAAGGUGUCUUUAUGUAUGUUGUUAAAAUAUUUUGCCACAAGUCUUACCCAGGUCUUCAGAGAAAAACUGUUAAAAUGUCCUCAUUUAAGGGUCAUUUAAUUUAUUUGAGAUUAAUAAUUCAUGUACCGAUAUACAUAAGAUUUCUACCACUAGUCAACGUAAUGUAAUCCUUUAGCUUUUUAAUGCAAAAGAGAAGUUUAUUGUAACACAUGCAUGUAGUAUAUAGAGCAAAAUUAAGACAACAUGUAAUGAAAAUGUAUCAGAAUGUUUAACAUAUUCACUAUAUAAUGUAUUUGAACAUGUUUUUGACAGUGAAAGUUGCAUCUUUUCAAUACAUUAGGUAGAACUUUUCUGAAUAGAGGCACUUUGAUCAUUCCAAGGAUUUAUUUUUCAAUUCAUCUCUUCAUGUAACCGAGUUUUGAGGGUAUGGAACUAAUAAACAACUACCGGUAUUUGGUUGUACAUUUAUCAUAUUUUGUUCAAGAUUGUUGUCCUUACACAACUUCUCUUUUGAAAAAGUUGACUGCUUAUCCUCAUCAACAUUCCAUCAUCGUUUUACUUUAUAUUAUGUGUCUAGAAAUUGCACGUCAAUUUCUUGAUAUAGCAAUUUAUUAUUUAUAGAUAGUUUGUUUGACCAAAGCCCAAACUUUAAUAUCGUAUUUUUUUCCUUGAUUUAAUUUGAGGAACAUUAGAUUACCAUAGACAUAAUAUGGUCUUGUGCAAUAAAAGCUCUCCUAAAUAAUCUGCUGUUUUGCAGUAAUUAUGAUGACGAAUGAGAUCAAGUUCUGUUAGUUGCCCUGUUCGUGUGAUCUUAGCUGAUAUAUGUAUAUUAAGAGAUGUGUUAAGUAGAGUAUAACUGAGUUUUUGGUGUACAGUGUAGACAAAUAUUACCUGUGUUGAGGCCUCCGAUUGUUAAUACUUACAUAGAAUGGUGUUAUCUGUGAUACUUGAUGAGUACAAAAUGUCUGGACAUACAUGUACUUUGUGCAAACUAGAGCUAAUAAAUUUAAUCAUGUGUU